GACAGCUUCGUGACGCCCGCUUUCUCCGCCCAUCUUGUCGGUCGAUAGCUGCGCGAAGAGUUUUUUUUCUCGCCAUUGCGUCGCUCUGACAGCGUAGGUGUUCCGUGACAGCGUCGUGUUGUUUCGUGCUUCGUCGAGAGCCCCUUCCCGAACGACAACAACACAGAAGCACAAUGAACCGUCUCUUCGGACGCGGCAAGCCCAAGGAACCUCCGCCCAACCUGACCGACUGCAUCGCCAGCGUCGACGGUCGAGCCGAGUCUGUGGAGAAGAAAAUCGCCAAACUUGACGCCGAGCUGAAGAAGUACAAGGACCAAAUGUCCAAGAUGCGAGAAGGCCCGUCCAAGAACAUGGUCAAACAGAAGGCGCUACGCGUCCUGAAGCAGCGCAAGAUGUACGAGCAGCAACGCGACAACCUGAUGCAGCAGUCCUUCAACAUGGAACAGGCCAACUUCGCCACGCAGACCCUAAAGGACACCAAGAUCACGAUGGACGCGAUGCGGCUCGGGGUGCGCGAGAUGAAGCGCGAGUACAAGAAGGUCAACCUUGACGACAUCGACGACCUGCAGGACGAACUUGAAGACAUGCUCGACCAGGCGAACGACGUCCAGGAAGCCCUGGGCCGCAGCUACGGCAUGCCCGACGUGGACGACGCCGAGCUGGAGGCCGAGCUCGACGCCUUGGGUGACGAAAUCGCGCUGGACGAAGACACUUCGUACCUGGACGAAGCCAGCGCCCCCAGGAUCCCGACCAAGGAACCCGGAGCUGAGAGCCUGCCAGCCAAUCAGGAAGGCAUACUGGUGGACGAGUUCGGCCUGCCCAAGAUUCCAGCGACUUGAAGUGACUUGAUUUUUUGGGUUGAAAGGUAUAAGAGGGCACGAGUUUUUGGGAGAUGUGGUUUAGAUUCUCAGCAACCCACAACACAAGUUGGAGAGGUGUUUUUAGCAGCACGUUGUUCCAGAACUGUCGAAUAUCGAGCGAAUGGUGCGGCAUUUUUUUCCUACCUGUCCAGGAAAUAUAACAAAAAUUGAGAAUCGAAGCGAACGAUCACUCGUGGAAAAUUUUCAGUUUUAUGGCGAAAGCAUCCCAUCGUCGCUGUUUUUUAAAUUAAUAACACCACUUGGGUGGUGCGGCAAUGUAUAAGCUUGUCGUGUGUAACUGUUUAUGUUGUAUAUGCCUCUCUUUCCAGUUAUAAAAAAAAACACGCUUGUUUACUACUGCAUGUUUACGACGCACUUUGCAGUGUUAACAUAAUCUGCUACUGUUCUUGCCUAAUCCGUUGCCUCGUGUGGAUGUAUAGUUUGUUGAUGUCCACAUUAAAGCAAAGCUUUGUGGCGUAGCAA